GGGGGCGCGCUCACCAGGCGCGCGGUCACCCUGCGGGUGCUCCUCAAAGACGCGCAGCUGGAGCCCGGCGCCGGGGUGCUGUCUAUCUACUACUUGGGGAAGAAGUUCAUGGGGGACCUGCAGCCAGACGGGAGGAUCGUGUGGCAGGAAACAGGGCAGGUGUUCAACUCACCCAGUGCCUGGGCCACCCACUGCAAGAAGCUGGUGAACCCGGCCAAGAAGUCGGGUUGUGGCUGGGCCUCCGUCAAGUACAAGGGCCAGAAACUGGACAAGUACAAGGCCGCCUGGCUCCGGCGACACCAGCUCCACGUGCCUGCAGCUGUCGCCGAUGAGAGCCCAGCCAGUGAAGGGGAGGAGGAGGAGCUGCUGAUGGAGGAAGAAGAGGAGGAGGUUCUGGCAGGGGUCUCAGCAGAGGAGAAAAUUCGAAGACCACCUCCAAAGGGCCCCUCAGAACCUGCCCACCCUGAGGCCACGCCCCUGGGGAAGCGAGUGGAAAACAAGAUCCGGGUGCCAGUGCGAUACUGCAUGUUGGGCAGUCGCGACUCUGCCAGGAACCCCCAUACCCUGGUGGAAGUAACAUCCUUCGCAGCCAUCAACAAGUUCCAGCCGUUCAAUGUGGCCAUCUCCAGCAACGUGCUCUUCCUGCUGGACUUCCACAGCCACCUAACUCGCAGCGAGGUCGUGGGGUACCUGGGGGGCCGCUGGGACAUCAACAGCCAGAUGCUCACGGUGCUGAGAGCCUUUCCCUGUCGCAGCCGGUUGGGGGACGUGGAUACCGGGGCCACUGUGGAAGAGGAGAUCUAUCAGAGCCUGCUUCUGCGGGGCCUGUCCCUGGUGGGCUGGUACCACAGCCACCCACACAGCCCGGCGCUGCCAUCGCUGCAGGACAUCGACACACAGAUGGACUACCAGCUGCGGCUGCAGGGCUCCAGCAAUGGCUUCCAGCCCUGCCUGGCCCUGCUCUGCUCCCCUUACUACUCUGGCAACCAGGGCCCAGAGUCCAAGAUCUCCCCGUUCUGGGUGAUGCCACCGCCUGAGCAAAGGCCCAGUGACUACGGUAUCCCCAUGGACGUGGAGAUGGCUUACGUCCAGGACAGCUUCCUGACGAAUGACAUCCUCCAUGAGAUGAUGCUGCUGGUGGAGUUCUACAAGGGCGCCCCGGACCUGGUGAGGUUCCAGGAGCCCUGGAACCAGGAGCACACCUACCUUGACAAGCUCAAGAUCUCCCUGGCCAGCAGGAUGCCCAAGGACCAGGGCCUGUGCCAUGUGCUGGAGCAGGUGUACAGCGUCCUUAAGCAAGGGAACUGAGAGGAUCGACCUCUGAGGACCUCGGAGGCCUCCUGGUCAGACUCGGCACCCCCCAACCUCGGGUGAGGGGAGCAGGUCGAGAGGUUUCGUUUGUGACUGUGUUGCUGUGUUCCUGCGGGACUGCAUUGUUCGAUGCAGGUGCUCAUAGAAUAAAGGAGAAGCAAACAGCCAGGCCUGUGUCUCACCCUAAGGGGGGCCCCUGAGCACUUGCUGCUGGGCACAGGCUGCUGUCUGGCCAUGGAGCACUCAUGCAGCCGAGUGUGUGGACAGUGCUGGACCCAACCCCAGCCCUGUCCCUUCCUGGGGCUGUGGGGAGAGGAGUCUUGGGGACAUACCUCCCAUGCCACUGAAGGGUGAAUGACAACCGCCCUUCCUGGGCUUGCUAUGGGGCUGGUGCCCACUCCAAGAGUGGGUAGGUGGGCAGCUGUGUAGGCCCUGUCCUGACCAGAGACCCCUUGGGAGGGCUGUGGAUGUCCCGGUGAAGAGAAGGCCUGCCCCACACCACAACCAGGCAAGAGACUGUAGAAAGAGACGUUUAAUACUUCUUU